AGCGUCAUCGGCUUCCGGAACGCGCCAUCGGGGUUCCAGCGAAGACUAUACGGUGGUCUAAUGACGGUGAAGAACCGUGUUCCUCAAAUUUCCGGCAACUUCGCCAUCUGGGGUGGCCUUUUCUCCGCGAUCGAAUGCACCUUGAUACGCUGUCGGUCGAAAGAGGAUCCAUGGAACUCCAUAUUGAGCGGCGCCCUCACGGGAGGCGUCUUGGCCGCCAGAACCGGAGUUCCAUCAAUGAUAGGUAGCGCCACCGUCGGCGGCGUGUUCUUGGCCCUGAUCGAGGGAUUCGGGAUAAUGGCGACACGACUUCACGCAGACUCGUUCGCGCAGCACAUGCAGAUGUACGAAAUGGAGAACCUUCCGGAGUUCAAUGGACUUCCGCCGAAGACGAGGUUAGGUUUCGGUGGCGCGCCUUUGAACACGGAAACAUCUAGACAAAAUGGAUGGGCCGGCGGUAUUAUCGAUGCCGCCGAUAACCGCGCCCCAAAAAUCAGCACAAUCGCCGCAGCCACAGUCGCAUUCGAAAUCCAAUCAGGUAUCGCAUGUUUUGUAAUCGAAUCGUCGAAGGAUCACAUUGUGAACCUAAACCAUCAGGAGUUGCAGGUGGGCACAGUUUCUCUCUAUGGAAUACACAUCGUGUCCCUGGUGAUCGAGGGCCAAGAAAGGCUCUGUUUGGCACAAAUCAGCAACACGUUGCUGAAGCAGUUCAGCUACAACGAGAUUCACAAUCGCAGGGUGGCUUUAGGCAUCACCUGCGUGCAAUGCACCCCCGUCCAGUUGGAAAUCCUCCGACGAGCGGGCGCCAUGCCCGUUUCCUCCAGGAGAUGCGGCAUGAUUACGCGAAGGGAAGCCGAGCGUCUCUGCAAAUCGUUCCUCGGCGACAAUGCACCACCCAGGCUACCCGAGGACUUCGCGUUCUCCGUGCACCACGAAUGUGCCUGGGGUUGUCGAGGUGCAUUCCUUCCUGCACGUUACAACAGUUCCCGUGCCAAGUGCAUCAAAUGCGCCUACUGUGGCCUGUUCUUCUCCCCUAACAAGUUCAUCUUCCACUCGCAUCGAAUCGGGCCGUCGGAUAAGUACGUGCAACCGGACGCGGCGAACUUCAACUCGUGGCGACGUCACAUGAAACUGUCCGGGAACCCGCCCGACGAGGUGGUGCAUGCAUGGGAAGACGUGAAAGCGAUGUUCAACGGCGGCACUAGAAAACGAUUGCUUAAUAAUCCGACAUCAAGGGAAUCACCAAGCCCAGCAAAGCAACCGAGAUCAUCGCCCACAGCGCAGAUACCCACCCUCGUGCCGUCGCCCACGCAUCCCCGGGUACCGCCGUUUCCGGAAUUACCGCUUCCGUUAUCCAGAAGUCUCGUGAUGAACUACGUAUGGCAACACCACCAAACACCUGGAUUUCCGUUUUCGCCGUAUGCUUUGCCAUGGCUAGCCAAGAGAGGACCGGUACUAUUUCCUGGACCUCUACCACCACCCAUAAGCGGUUCCAGUCCUACAGAGCCGCUUAUACCAGCGGUGAAUCCAUCAUUACAUCAGUCUGCCUUUCGACCUGUUAUUCGUGGACCGCCGAUCGUGGAAUCGGUUGGUCAAGAACAACCAUCGGAUACCUCGGUAUCUCAUAAAGAGGAUAAUUCCGACGACGAAGUGGACAUCGAGACGACAGAAGACGAUCCUGUGACACCUCUCAACAUUACUGCUCAGAAUCUUCAUUCUGUCUCAAACUCAGCCACCAGCAGUCAUAGUGGUCGUAAUUCCCCACAGUGCUGGAGUCCUCCCCGAGAAACGGAACGAGAAGCUGAAAAAAUAGCCGAAGAGGCGGCAGCUAUGCGUGACGUUAAACCAGAACUUCAACCUGCAAGAAGUCCCGAUACGUGGCAAGGAAAUAACUUUUAUCGGCAUCUGAAUGCAAUAAAAGGAAGCGAGCCGAGCGAGAGAACGGGCACAGAUUGUUCCGCUUGUCAUCCACGAGGAAUAUUUUACGGUCAGAUUCAUAGCCCGUCUGCGCCCACUAAUUAA